GCUGCUGCUAAUCUAAUCUGUUGGGCAGCACCACUAGUGGUACAUAUAUAUACCCCUUGGACCUCUCCAUCUUUCUUACUCUCUUACCUCUCCAUACCUAAUCCACCCCUUUUCUUCAUUCCUCUUCUUUCCAUCCUCUCAGUCUUCCAAACAACACCGUCAAGAUGUCUGGCCUUCCUCCCGUUUACAUCGUCUCUGCCGCCAGAACCCCCGUUGGUUCUUUCUUGGGCUCUCUGUCCGGCCUGACUGCCACCCAGCUCGGUUCUGCCGCUAUCAAGGGAGCCGUUGAGCGCUCUGGCAUCAAGCCCGAAGAUGUCGAAGAGGUCUUCUUUGGCAAUGUCCUCUCUGCCAACUUGGGUCAGGCUCCUGCUCGUCAGGCCGCCCUCGGCGCUGGCCUCUCCAAGAACGUCAUUACCACCACUGUCAACAAAGUCUGCGCUUCAUCCCUAAAGGCGGUCAUUAUUGGUGCCCAAAACAUCAUGCUUGGCAUCAACGACAUUGUGGUUGCUGCCGGCUCUGAGUCCAUGUCCAACACUCCCCACUACCUGCCCAACAUGCGCACCGGCGCCAAGUACGGUGACCAGACUCUCGUCGAGGGUGUCCUGAAGGACGGUCUCAUCGAUUCCUUCAAGAAGGAGCACAUGGGUCUUCAGGCCGAGCUCUGCGCUGAUGAGCACAAGCUCAGCCGCGAGGCCCAGGACGAAUAUGCCAUCAACACCUACAAGAAGGCUCAGGCUGCCACCGAGGCCGGCCUCUUCAAGGAGAUUGUUCCUGUCGAGGUUCCUGGCGGCCGUGGCAAGCCUAAUGUCACCAUUGACCGAGACGACGAGGUCAAGAACCUCAACGAGGCCAAGCUCAAGGCUAUACGCCCGGCUUUCAAGACUGACGGCACCGGUACCGUCACUGCCCCCAACGCCGCUCCCUUGAACGACGGUGCUGCCGCUGUCGUUCUGGUCUCCGAGCGUAAGCUCAAGGAGCUCGGCCUCAAGCCCAUUGCCAAGAUUCUCGGCUGGGGUGACGCAGAGCGCGAGUCUGAGCGAUUCACCAUUGCUCCCGCUGCUGCCAUCCCCAAGGCCAUCAAGCAUGCUGGUCUGACCGCCGAUGAUAUCGAUUACUACGAGAUCAACGAGGCCUUCUCCGUCGUUGCCCUCGCCAACAUUCAGCUCCUCAACCUCAACCCUGAGAAAGUCAACGUCUAUGGCGGCUCAGUUGCCAUCGGCCACCCUCUGGGUGCCUCCGGUGCCCGUAUCCUCUCUACCCUGACCUCAGUUCUGGCAGAGAAGAAGGGCAAGAUUGGCGUUGCCGGUAUCUGCAACGGCGGCGGUGGUGCCUCUGCCCUGGUCAUCGAGAACCUGCAGUGACUGCCCACCUCUGAACCAGCCUCUCAUCCAGAGGCAUCAAAAUUAUAAGAAAACAAAAUACCAUUAUGAAUAUAUGAGCUGAAUAAUAAAAGCGAGAUAGAAGAGCUUGGAGGAAGCAUAUACAUUUAGGGACCAGCGAUAUAUACUGCCAUACAUAAAAGAAGGCUGAGCCAUAGUUGGAUAAUAGGCUAGGGAUAUAAAAUAUAAUAAAAAGUAACAUUUAAUCUU